UUGAAAGAUUGGAGCAGAGGGACAGGUCCUCCAUACGCCUCACAGUAGGAGUAGAGCUUUAUGUUACGUUAUAUGAAGCACGAGCGUGCGGUUUCAAAUAUCAGAACGGUAAAGUAGGCUGUCUGUGUAAUUCUAAAACGAAAACCACCGUAAUCGUUGGAUAUAAACAAGACAGUAAGCGUAUCAUUAUAGUCAAAUCACGCAAAGUUGCUUUUUUUUUUUAUCUAGUCGUAUAUAUAUUUUUUUAAUAAUACACAAGCGUCGCCUACAGCGUGCUCUACGUUUUGUUUGAAAGUUUCAACACCAAAACAAAAACGAGUUCAUUGGAAAGGGAACCGUAGUAAAUACUUACGGUUUUUUUAGGACACCGUUUGAGGAUGUUAUGAUUUAAGAAGCUUGUAUGAAGUACCACAAAAGGUGCCAGUCAGUGAAUUUGAAUGGAUAACCUUACCAUAGCACCGAUAGGUUCCUGCACCUACAAUGAGAACUUCAAGCAAAUUCUCCUUCCAGUCGUCUACAGCGUAGUCUUUAUAAUUGGACUCCCCUUAAACUUUACUGUCAUUGUUCAGAUAUGGCAGUCCCGAAAAUACCUGACCAGGACAACCAUCUACAUGCUGAACCUUGCAUUAGCGGACCUGCUUUACGUCUGUUCCCUUCCACUACUCAUCUACAACUACGCCCAGCAAGAUUACUGGCCUUUCGGGGAGUUCACCUGCAAGUUUGUCCGCUUCCAGUUCUACAGCAAUUUGCAUGGCAGCAUCAUGUUUCUUACCUGCAUCAGCUUCCAGAGGUAUAUGGGUAUCUGCCACCCUUUCACAACAUGGCACAAGACUGGUGGCAAGAAGUUUGCCUGGAUAAUCUGUGCCGUAAUCUGGUUUAUUGUUUUAGCCGUUUGCGCACCCACUUUUGAGUUUGCCACCACGGGGACCCAGCGAAACCGAACGGUGUGCUACGAUCUGAGUGAACCCUCUCGCUCCGCUCAGUAUUUCCCUUAUGGAAUGGCAUUGACAGUCAUUGGAUUUGUGAUCCCCUUUUUAGGAAUCAUAGUUUGCUACUGCUGCAUGACCAGGAUCCUAUGCCAAAAGAACGAAAUGACCGGUACAGUGGUUCGGGAGAAAAAAGACAAAGCAAUCCGGAUUAUCAUAAUCGUGGUGGUGGUCUUUGCUAUCAGCUUUUUCCCCUUCCACUUGACCAAGACUAUGUAUCUGAUCAUCCGGGCUAUAGGAGGAGUGGCCUGUGAAGUGCGUGAAAGGUUUGCCAUCAUUUACAAGUGCACCAGACCCUUUGCGAGCAUGAACAGUGUUCUUGAUCCAAUCCUGUUUUAUUUCAUACAGCCUAAAUUCAGGCAAAGCACCAAAUCAUUGCUGGAGAAGAUGAAUACCAAGAGAGAAAAGACAUGAGCCAAAUUGGCCUUCAGUAAAAGAGCCCACUAGGCACCUGUUCAAAACUGUUAGUUUGUGGUGGAGCAGAGAUCCUAAUUAGCAUGUUGAAUGUUGGAACGGCAUGUUUAAGUAGUUGUACUACUAGGUUUAAAUACAAAAUUGUGCCAGUUUAUUUAUGAAGAAUAUUGCACUAACACACAAUUACAGAAUUACUAAUUGUUCUUCCUGAAUAAUGAAUAAUCUAGAUCCAAUCUGCUAGUGUCCCGCUAUAUAACCAAGGAAAAAACUAACCAAAAAUGUAUUGAAAGAAAAAUAAAGAAUGUAAGUUUCUUGGCCAGAUGACAAUUCAAUUACAGAAAUGAUGUUCCUAUUUUCUAAAAAAAAUGUAGCAUGUAGGUCAUUAAUCUGGGCAGGUUUCAUUUUAUGAAGAAUAUCGUAGGCUAUUGUUAUCCAUGGAACAUUUUAGCCUAUAGAGAUGUUUUAUCACCAUUGCUGAGAAUAAUAGUAUGAUAUUGACUACAAACAUAUUGUCAAAGGCGGGCUUGUCUAGCCUGGCCUCUUCAUCUGAUUCAUCGCUAAACACCCACCAGCACUUGCUAAUGCGCCAGUCGAGACAGGCUGAAUCCCAACUGGGGAAGUAAAACAAGUUGGGUAAGAGACAGUGGGAGAGGAAACGUGAGGUGAAUCCAUACCACACUGCUUAGGUCGAAUAAGCAAACUAUUUUUCUGAAAUUAUGUUGUAAAAUCAGUCUUGGCAUAUGUAAUUUGGCACAUGUAAGCAUUUUUAAAGGUAAAAAAAAAGUGGUCCGAUACCAUUUGUAACGAAUUAUAGCAUACUAAUUGAACUGCUUAUUAUUCCAUGCUAUAUGUUAUUAAUAAUCAUGUAUUACUGUUUCAGAGCUUGUGUAUAUUUGAUGUGUUUAUUAAAAUCCCAAUCUUAUUUUACUGGACUGUCUGUGCAAGCCUUAGCAAAGUGGAAUUUCUGUAAGUAGGCCAGUACAAACCUUGCCAAUAGAGAUGUGCAGCAGAAACUUCUUGUUGCACCUUCGUUUAAUGUCCUCAAGUGCAGAAACAGGCAUACGUGAGGUAUAAGAACACAUAGUGUGGGAUAAUAAACCGACAAUGUAUUGUUCUACUGAUUCAAAGGUUAUAAAGUUUUAAAGGUUGAAUCUAGAAACCUUGCACCUGUGAUCCCACCUGAAAUGUGAAAACCUAGUUUGCUCUAAAAGCAUAUUGGCAGCUUAUGAAACCCAAGAUCCCAUAUGGAAUGAAUGCUUGUGCCUACAGGAGCUAUUCUGACACAUCAUUAAUACUGUAUAUGUUUUCAUAAAUAUAUUAUACUGUAACUACUGCAGUAUGUGUAUAACAUAGAAAAGCCUUUGAAUAGCCUUACAAGUGUGAAAGGUGAUGUUUUUAAUAUUUCAGGAGAAAAAUACUUGUUCAAACAACAUACAAUUGUUCCUUGGGGAUAUUUCUGAAGUACAGUAUAUCCAGUACAAUUUCCAUUCUGUCUGUAGGGAGAGAUUGUAUCAGUGGGAAGAGUAUCCAACAAGCCUUUUAAGUUGGGCAACUUUACCUUCAUCUAACAGCAGGAUAUGUGAACAAUAUAGAUAUUAUUUCAAGUAUUUCACCCUUUAAGCUGAACUGUUUACCUGUCAUUUUAGUAUAUUCAGCAACACCUUGUGGCAAAAUAUUGUAACAGUUUUAUGGCUUAUAUAUUUGCUUUUGAUAACGUUACUUUUUACACAUUGAAUGUCAAUCAUAUGUAAAUAAAUAACCAAGGAGUCCCAAUGCAUAGAAGUUUGAGCCGUUCCAGAAUUUCGUGAGAAUUAAUUGUAAGUUGGCUGUAAUGAAGGUGUAUGCUGUGUCUAAUGAAGCCAUUUAAUGCUGAAAUAGGAGUCUUAAAUUAAAACAAACAUUUAUCACUUAAAUGUUUGUGAAGUGUGGCAGAACAAAUGUUUUCCCAUUUUGUAUGUAAUUAUUAUUUUUUUUAAAAAAUAAUUUUAGAAGUUUAAAUGUAGGAAUCGGUUGUUUAACAAAAGCAGCUCUAACUGAAUGUAGUACAGUAUUACUAACUUAUUCUGAGGGAAGAGUGAUGUUUGCUUUACAUUGUCAAAAUCAAAAAAGAAAUAUGAGGUUCUUUGUGUUCUAAAUAAAUAACGAGAGUGCUUUA